ACUAUUGUACAGCUCAAAACUACUUCUGUGGGGAGAGGGGGUUGUCAUUUGCCCUCUCAUCUCUGCACAUCUAAAGCUAGGCAGAGGCAGGCAUUCAAAAGGAAAGUAAUCCCUAUUCCCCAAACACCACAAAACCAGAGGCCCUUUGGCCGAAAAGAAGCACAAAUCAGGGCACAAUCCUCCAAUCCUUCGUCAUUUUCAGCCAACUCCCAAAAUCUCUCCAGCUGCCCAUGAUUUGAUUCAUCGACACAGCAACCCCCAAACCACCAAAUGGGUUUUCCCACAAAUCCCUUUUCCCUCCUGUUCCUGUUUAUGGUUCUCUUCACCAAUCUUGAGCUCACCCCACUUGCUGAAUCUGCCACUGAUUACACCGCCUUGGUCUACAAGGGUUGUGCAGAGCAGGCACUGUCAGAUCCAAACGCGGGACAAGCCCUCUCAGCCCUUUUUGGGUCUCUAGUUUCUCAGUCUACCAAAGCCAAGUUUUUCAAAACCACCUCUGGUACUGGCCAAACUAGCAUCACUGGCCUCUUCCAGUGCAGGGGAGACCUCUCCACUUCUGAUUGCUACAACUGUGUGAACAAGCUUCCCCAGAUGUCUGACAAAUUGUGUGGCAAGUCCAUAGCUUCUAGGAUUCAGCUCUAUGGGUGCUACAUUCUCUAUGAAGUAGCGGGUUUUGCUCAAAUUUCAGGCAUGAAGAUGCUAUACAAGACUUGCAGUGCCACGAAUGUUGCAGGAAGUGGGUUCGAAGAGAGAAGGGACACUGCCUUUUCAUCCAUGGAAAGUGGCAUGGUUAGUGGCCAUGGCUUCUAUGCCACCAGCUAUGAAUCUGUAUAUGUGUUGGGGCAGUGUGAAGGGGAUGUGGGUGAUGCGGAUUGUAGUGAGUGUGUGAAGAGUGCUGUGCAAAGAGCUCAAGUUGAAUGUGGAAGCUCCAUUUCAGGCCAAAUCUAUCUCCACAAGUGCUUCAUCAGUUACAGCUACUACCCAAAUGGGGUUCCCAGGAGGUCAUCAUCAGAUUCUUCUUCUUCAUCUUCAUCAGGGACACGUCAAACUACAGGGAAGACAGUUGCUAUUAUAGUAGGAGGGGCAGCAGCAUUAGGGUUUGUGGUGAUCUGUAUGUUGUUUGCUAGAAAUUUGAUGAAGAAAGACGAUGAUUUCUGAAAGGAAGAGUUAGGUCUGAAAAGAGGCAAAGUUCUUUUUUGAGGUGGAUUCUUUCUUUAUGUAUUUUUUUUUCCUUUUUCUUUUCAAAGAGGAAAUGGGUUUUUGUGGUGCAUAGAUAGAGAGGUAAAAAAUGUGGGAAUUGUUGAAGGGAAGAAGAACAUUUUGGAGCAUGAAAUAUGGAUUUUCACAAAGGUGAAAAAAGAGAGGAGGGUGUUUCAUGUAUGUGGAGGAAUGAAUGUCCUUUAGUUGUGGGGGAGAGAGGAGAUGGGAAUAGAGUAAUGGGUUUUGGCCUUUUUUUUAAACAUUACCAUGUGGCUGUUUGUCUUCUUUCACCCAUCUGAAUAAUGCUCCUCCAUUUUCUUCACUGCCUUUGUGCUUUUCAAAAAAGUAGUAUGACAUCUCUCUCAUACACAAAUUAUGUAUAUUUUGAAAAUGACAUUCAAGAGCCUUAUUUUAGCCUCUUCACAGA